UUAACCUAAAACCCUUCCCCUCUUCUUCCACUGUACCUGUAUCUGCAUCUCUCUCUCUCACACAUACAAUCACAAUCACACACAUAUACAGAGGGACUAAACUAGGGUUUGUGUCAAAGCUAUGUUGCGAAGGAACGUUAGGCUGAGGAGAGAGUAUCUCUACAGAAAGAGCUUGGAGGGAAAGGAGCGUUUGCUAUAUGAGAAGAAGAGGAAGAUAAAAGAAGCCUUAGAAGAGGGGAAACCAAUCCCUACCGAGCUCAGGAAUGAAGAGGCAGCCCUUCGCCAAGAAAUUGAUCUCGAAGACGAACAAACAGCUGUUCCAAGGACACACAUUGAUGAUGAAUAUGCAAAUGCAUCAGAACAAGAUCCUAAAAUUUUGCUAACCACAUCCCGCAAUCCAAGUGCUCCUCUUACACAGUUCGUAAAGGAAUUAAAGAUCGUGUUUCCUAAUGCACAACGAAUGAAUCGUGGUGGUCAAGUUAUUUCUGAAAUUAUUGAAACAUGCCGUGCACAUGAUUUUACGGAUGUUGUGUUGGUUCAUGAGCAUCGUGGUGUGCCAGAUGGUAUAAUUAUUAGCCAUUUACCUUUUGGUCCAACUGCCUACUUCGGAUUACUCAAUGUGGUUACAAGACAUGAUAUUAAGGACAAAAAAGCCAUUGGAACAAUGCCUGAGGCUUACCCACAUUUGAUUCUUAACAACUUCUCAACCAAGCUUGGUGAAAGGACAGCAACCAUUUUAAAGCAUCUAUUUCCAGUGCCCAAGCCUGAUACAAAACGUAUAAUCACUUUUGCUAAUCAGUCGGACUAUAUUUCCUUCAGGCAUCAUAUUUAUGAGAAACGCGGAGGUCCUAAAUCGAUUGAGCUGAAGGAGAUUGGUCCUCGGUUUGAAUUGCGGUUGUACCAGAUUAAGCUAGGAACAAUGGAUCAAGGUGAAGCUCAAACUGAAUGGGUCAUUAGACCAUACAUGAACACAUCCAAAAAACGGAAGAUUCUUGGGGAUUGAGUCAACCUCAAAGCAAUUUCAAGAUUUCCCCCUCUGAUUUGUAAUGUGUACGAGGAAACUGAUCCUUUUUCUGCUUAAGCUGACAAUUAUAUUCCAAUUCCAAUUGGUAGUUUCAUCACCAUUAAAAUCCGCAUAUCUUUUGCCAGUUACAUGCAUGGAUAGUUGAUUAAAAACCUUCCACACUAGAGCUGUCUUCUUUAUUUUCCUUCUGCAUCGGUGUCAUGAAGCUGGAUGGUUACAUGAUGGUAUCGUCAAACUACUGACCUCUGUUUAGAGCAUCGACUGCUCACAUUCCCCGAAUGAUACAUUUUGCAAUCGCCUGUUACUCGAAUUCUAAGGUCAUUUUUCUGUAUGUUCAAGCAUAAAUAAUCCAUUUGGUAGUUUUGAUAA